UAACUAUGGAUUUCACUAAGAAAAUACUAGUAAUAUUUGCUCUCACCAUUAUUAUGUUGGGUAACUCGUCUGUUCAUUGUCGUCCAAGUUUUAAAACCAUGCCUUUGUUUGGAGAAAAAUUAACUCAGUGCUUCGACACAAACCCAUGUAUGCACGGGAUGAUGGGAUGCAUUAAGUUCUGUAGCUCAAUGGGGACUGCGGACGGACAAUGUAAUAAUGAAAACCUCUGUUGCUGCACACAUUAAACGUUGUAAUAUUAUUAUACUUGCCUUUCAUUCCAAAAAGAUUACUGCAUUCUGUAAAAUUAAGACAUUGAGAUCGAGAAAGUUAUACAUAACAAAACUUAAGUAUAA